UUCCACCACUACUACUUUGGUUCCUGCCCUCUCGCUCGUUCCUUUUGCCCAUUUUCAUGGGUUUAUGGUACGUUUUAUUUAUCUUCUAUACUAAUACAUUUUUUUUAGGUCUUUUUGGCGUCUGGUGGUUUCAAGAGACCCAGAUUGCGACCACUUCACCCCCUACACCCUGUGUAAGUCCUCAUGUGAGGCAACCCAUCCUUCGAACCCCUCAGCGACGCCAGAUAUGGACACUGCACGUCCCAUUACUACGCCCACCAUCCCCCCUGGAACUGUACAAUUACGGCCCCCAAUGCAUGCACAUCGACCUCAAUCGUCGUUGGGCAUGCAAUCCUUGGAUGUGGGAGACAUGGUAUAUCACCUGAGAUUCAAUAUCGGACCCUAUCUCAUAGCGGGGGAGGACCUGUAACGGAAUCCUAACUAUGACGGCGACGACAACAACGGGAGUGCAGGGGGGAACUUGAAACACAAAGGAGAGCCGUGUUAGAGGGUGAAGUAUGGCUGUGGUAGCGAGAGAGAGGCAUUUGGAAUGUGUGUUGCGGAGGACGGUACAAGCGGGAGGGCAGGG